AGCACUUGAAAAUAGUGCUAGGUCUCCUUAGACAGCACCAGUACAAAGUGAACUUGGAUAAAUGCGAGUUUGGUCGCACCAAGAUCCUGUAUCUGGGUCAUGAAAUUUCAGCAGAUGGAUUGAGGCCGGAAGAUGCGAAGGUGGCCAGCAUACGUGACUGGCCCAGACCUCAGACGGUUACUGAGGUCAGAUCGUUUUUGGGGAUGACAGGCUAUUAUCGUCCGUUUGUGAAGAACUAUAGUACUAUAGCCUCCCCAUUAACAGAUCUAACUCGACUUGACACCCCUUGGGAGUGGACUGAAGAGUGUGAAGCCAGCUUCAAGAAAUUGAAGUAUGAUCUGACGCACUAUGAAGUUCUCAAACUUCCUGAUCCUGACAAACCGUUUGUUGUGAGCACAGACGCCAGCCAAUAUGGCAUAGGCGCGGUCCUUGCGCAACAGGAAGGGCCCAAGUUGAGACCGAUCGAGCACAUGAGCAAGAAGAUGCCAUCUCAAAAGUUGGCCAAGUCCACUUAUGAGAGAGAGCUCUACGCCCUGUUUAGAGCACUAGUUCAUUGGAGACACUACCUCCUAGGAAGAUUCUUCUAUGUGAGGUCGGACCAUGAGACUUUGCGUUGGAUCAAGACACAGCCAGUCUUGUCGGACGCACUCAAGAGAUGGAUUCAAGUGAUAGACAUGUAUGACUAUCAACUUGAUCCUAUCAAGGGUACGUACAACAAAGUGGCUGAUGCGCUAUCAAGAAGGGCAGAUUAUCUGGGCGCGCUGGUCACUGAGUUUGGCAUAUCUGACGAACUCACUCGAUCGCUGGUGGAAGCCUAUCAGGGAGAUCCAGUUAUGUCAGAGAUCAUCCGUAGAUUCCAAGCAAAGGACAAAAAGACUUUGGACGAGUUUACGAUKGUAAAUGGCUUGSUGUUCCUUGAGAAGGCAGGGAAUAAAAGACUUUGUGUUGCUAAUAGUGAGUCUUUACGUAGUUUAUUCUUAGGAGAACGUCACGAUGCAACUGGUCAUUUUGGAUAUAAGAAGACAGCAGCAAACUUAGUUCAGAGAUUCUGGUGGCCCUCUAUGAUGGAAGAUGCAAAACGAUAUGUUGAAACCUGCCAGGUUUGUCAAAGGGACAAACCAAGGACUCAGGCACCGCUUGGGCUCAUCAAGCCCUUGCCGAUUCGUGAAGGUCCUGGUCAAAGUGUGUCCAUGGACUUCAUGGAUACUCUUUGUGACCAGUAAGUCUGGAAAGAGACACAUCUUCGUAAUAGUGGACCGCUUUACUAAGUAUGCAAGACUAAUCGCUAUGCCAGAAACAGCUAAAACUGAUCAUGUCAUCAAAGUAUUUAUGGACAAUUGGGUCCGUGACUUCGGUUUGCCUACGUCUAUCGUUAGUGAUAGGGAUGUCAGGUUUACGAGUGAACUGUGGCAGUCAACUGCUGAACAAAUGGGCACAAAGCUC